AUGGGGAAUACGGAGAGCAAUGUUACGAGUGGCGUGAAGAAGCAAGCUGGUGUUUCCACACAGGCGCUUUACAAAUUUGUGAAUCUCAAAGGCGGCGGUCUACUGGUGGAUAUGAUGAAGCGUGCCUGCCAAACGAAACAAUUUGCGGAAAUCGAUCACGCAAUCAAAACGAAAGUCGAACCAUUUCUCUACAAUAAGGGUGCCGGCCGUUAUUUUCCCAUUUCGAAAUUGGUGCUCUUGCGUAAUAAGGAACGCGCACGCACCAAACAGUUGCCCGAGAUCAGAGCGCUCGAGAAUCCGGAUGAUGAUUUUAAUAUACACGACUAUUGCACCGAGGUUUCGGAGGCCGAGUACAUUUCGAAUCCGAGCGCAUAUCGUUUUGUCUGCUGGAAUUUAAAUGAACGUGGCGCUGUUGGUGAAACCAUAUUGCAUCUCUGUCUGCUGAACGCCACAUCGCUGCAUGCUGACCUCGCCAAACGCUUGCUUAAGUUCUAUCCGAAACUCAUACUCGAUGUGUACAUGUGUGAUGAAUAUUAUGGCGAAAGUGUGCUGCACAUUGCGAUCGUUAACGAGGAUCCGGCUAUGGUAAAAUAUCUGCUAGACGCGGGCGCAGAUGUGCAGGAACGCUGCUGCGGCGCCUUCAUGUCCGCCGAGGAUCAGAAAGCUUCUCGCUACGACUCACCUGAUCACGAAUAUGUCGGCGUACAGCCGAUAACCAACUACGAUGGCUAUGUCUAUUGGGGCGAAUAUCCGCUGAGUUUCGCUGCUUGCCUUUCGCAGGAAGACUGCUUUCGCUUGGUGUUGGCACGUGGCGCUGAUCCCAAUCUGCAGGACACAAAUGGUAACACUUCGCUGCAUAUGCUGGUGAUCUAUGAGAAGAUCGAAAUGUUCGAUGUCGCUUACGAGGUGGGCACCAAUAUACAUUUACGAAAUAUGCAAAAUCUGACCGCAAUGACGUUGGCGGCGAAAUUGGGACGCGUCGAAAUGUUUUUCCAUAUAAUGAGCAUCGAACGCGAGAUUUACUGGCAAUUGGGCAGCAUUACUUGUGCAGCGUAUCCUCUAUCGAUGAUCGAUACGAUCGAUGUGGAGACCGGAAAUAUCAACAAGGACUCGGUUUUGAAUUUUGUGGUGUUUGGUGACAAACUGGAGCACUUGGAGCUGCUGGACGGUGUGGUGAUUGAUUUGUUGAAGACCAAAUGGGAAUCUUUUGUCAAGUCGCGUUUCUACAAACAAUUCUAUAUGUUCUCGUUUUAUUUUUUAUUUUCGUUAGUCAGUUUCAUUUCGCGACCUGGUCCAUCUGCGAAAAACGAGGAGGACGAUGAUGAUGAAGGUGGGGAGGUCUCAGUGUCGCAAGCCACAAAUAGCACGUCUGCGUUCCGCAAAGGCGAUAAGUGGCUAAAACGACUAAUCAAACGCGCAAUCGACAAGAUAGAAUAUAAAACUUUUUGGCUAAACUUCACCGAUUACUUCGACGACAACGACGUUGAGCUGGGUCCAUCAUGGUGGGCGAGUUAUGCUGAGUGUCCGCUAAUGAACAUGGAAUCGGACUUGGCAAAGGUGCGCAUUGUUGCAGAAAUCAUCAUAUUCUUUGGUUCGAUUUUAUACUUAUUGGCGGCUCUGCGCGAGGCGCGCUUUUUAGGCUAUAAAAUGUUUGUCGAAAAUAUGAUGACAGCGCCUUCGAGGGUCAUGUUUCUUUUCUCCUGUGCGCUCAUGAUGACUAUACCCUGGCUGAGAUUAUCGUGUUUAACCGAAAUCGAUGAUCAUGUCGCGGUCUUCAUAAUGCUCACUACAGCUCCUUACUUUCUAUUUUUCUGUCGCGGCUUUAAAACCGUCGGUCCCUUCGUUGUGAUGAUCUAUCGCAUGGUCAUGGGUGAUCUCAUACGUUUCGUCUCAAUCUAUCUCGUAUUUGUGAUGGGCUUUUCGCAAGCCUACUACAUUAUUUUCCUUACAUUCGAUAAUCCCGCGACACCCGAGGAAAUCGACGAUUCUGAAACAAAUCCAAUGCCCUCGCCAAUGGAAUCCAUAGUGGCUAUGUUUCUGAUGUCGCUCACCAAUUUUGGCGACUACUUCGGCGGUAUGGGUUCUACGCAACAUGAAUAUGAAGCGAAAUCACUUUUCUUCCUCUUCAUGGUAAUCGUGAGCGUGUUACUGGUGAACAUGUUGAUCGCCAUGAUGGGCAACACUUAUCAAAAGAUCGCCGAAAUACGCAAUGAAUGGCAACGCCAGUGGGCGCGCAUUGUUUUGGUGGUGGAGCGUAGUGUGCCGCCAGCUGAGCGGUUGAAGAACUUCAUGCACUACAGUCAACCAAUGUCGGAUGGGCGGCGUGCAUUGGUGCUGCGCCUAAAUAUGAGUGAUGAAGACAAGGAAGAGAUGAAGGAAGUCCAGGAAAUGAAACGCAUACACCAACGAUUUUCCAAGAAACGUCAGGCUGAGCGGGAGGCGCGUGCUCGUAAGAGGCAGGAAGAGUAUGAGAAAUUUUUUGGCACACAACCGAAAAGCGAAAAUAAUAACCCCUGCUAAAGUAUACGUAAAUACCUUUGAGUGAGCUCACUUGCUUAUAGGAGUGUAGUGUGGGAAAAGUAGUUAACUGAGACAAGUUAUAGUAGAGAGUAGGUAGGAAAAAUUUGUAA